CACUUCACUGCUGCAAUCCGCCGUGAAUCCGUUUCAGACUAAACUUCAUGCUACCAAUGGCAUUUCAUUAGUUUCCACUAUGUCAAUAGCACGCUCCACUGUCACAGCAGAAGAAAUAGAUUUGGACUUCCUUCCUAUAAUAUAUCAAUUCAUGCGCUGUCUUGAAAAGGAGCAGAACCAAACUGAUUUGAACCGUGUUGCUGUUGAAGCCUCUCAACGCCUGUCAGACUUGCAGAACAAGAUCUCUCUUGCUAGAGAACAGGUCCCAAAAUUAGCCGGCGUUGAGAACAGUCCUGCUGAACAGCUCAAGAAGUUGGAUGCUCUACGUGCUCAGCUAACACUGAAGAAGAAACUACUUUCAAAAUACAAGGCGGAAGGUGCUAGUGAACCUAACAGUGCCUAAUUGUAAGUGGCUGAAUUUGUAUAAUUUCAUAUUCUGGGCUUUAUACUGAAGGGUCUAACCUGAACGUUAUUGAGCCUCAUUUGACUUGUCGAAGAGAAGGUUGAU